GUGAAGGGCCUCGUGAACAUUGCACACUGUAGGGGGCGUUACCUUUAACUGUCUAUGGGCGUUACGCCACUUUGUGAGUGCUUUGCGGUUGGCUUUUUGUUCGAAGAAGCGAACCACCCUGCUGCUGCUGGGUCAACCAAGUGAUCACUGGACUCCGAUGUAGACGACUCAUGACAACAUUAGACCAACGCGGAAGACGGACAGAAGGUUUUGACAGGGACUAUAUUACAGUCAUUGUAUGGGACAAAACAGUUUACAGGGUGCCAGAAUGACUUCCCCUGUCCGUGUCAUCGUGGUGGGAGCUGGCAGUCGAGGGGAGAUCUACUCCCAGUAUGCAUCUAUCCACCCUGAUCGCGUUAAGGUUGUUGGAGUAGCUGAUCCAAGGAAAUUUGCUCGCACUAAACUUCAACAACAACACAAAAUUGUAGAUGAAAACAUAUUUGAAGACUGGCAGGGUAUAGUUGAAAAAGAGAGGUUUGCAGAUGCAGUGCUAAUUUGUACUCCAGACCGCCUUCAUAAGGAACCUGCGGUGGCCUUUGCAAAGAAGGGUUACCACAUUCUGCUGGAGAAACCAAUGGCAACAACUGCUGAAGACUGCAAAGCAAUUGUGGAGGCUUGCACUCAGGGUGGCGCGAUGCUAUCAGUGGGUCAUGUUCUUCGGUAUGAUCCUGUCAUCCACAAAAUAAAGGAGCUGAUAGAUGCUGGAGUCAUAGGUGAUGUGAUACACAUUCAGCACCUAGAGCCGGUUGGGUUUUACCACUUUGCUCACUCGUUUGUUCGGGGGAACUGGAGGAAUGAAGCAGAGAGCUCUUUUGCUCUUUUGGCUAAAUCGUGCCAUGACAUUGACCUAAUCCAUCACUGGGCUGGAGCACGCAGGUGUGUGAAAGUGUCAUCAUUUGGAUCUGUCAGCCACUUCAGAAAAGAAAACAAGCCAACAGGUGCUGGAAAUCGCUGCCUGGAUUGUUCAGUAGAAAGAGACUGUCCAUACUCAGCAUGCAAAAUCUACCUGGAUAGAGUGAAACGGGGUCACACUGGCUGGCCUGUUUCAGUCAUAUGUCCAAGCUCGUUCCCAGACAUCGAGUCAGUAACUGAGGCCCUGAGGACUGGACCAUAUGGCCGCUGUGUCUACGAGUGUGACAAUGACGUCUGCAGUAACCAGGUUGUUAACAUGGAGUUUGAAGGGGGUCUGACGGCAGCCUUUUCCAUGGUGGCUUUUACUGAGGAGAUGUGCAAGCGAAAAACAACCAUCUAUGGCAGCAAGGGGGAGCUGUCAUGUGACAGCCAUGAGGUACACGUGCAUGACUUUCUGACCCAAAGAUCCACAAAACACACCGCACACAAUGACGCCCCAAGGCAGUUUGGCUUAAGUGGACAUGGUGGAGCAGACUACCACCUUAUGGAUGCCUUUAUUUCUGCUGUGGCAACAAACAAUCCAUCCCUGAUCUGUGCGGGUCCUAAGGAGACGCUGAUGAGCCAUUUGCUGGUGUUUGAAGCCGAGCGUUCACGACUGGAGAGCAGGGUGGUGUACUGUAGUGACACUGGCCAGAGCUAGACGACUGAAAAACACAUUGACAUCAAACUGAUCUCACCU